AUGGCCCCAUUGGACUGGAACGGUUCCUGCCGCUUGUGCUCAGAAAAAAAAACCGAAAUGUUCGAGAUAUUCGGUGAAGAAGGUAUUCGCAGACGAGUUGCUCAGAAAUUGCGCGUUUGCUUACCUGUAAUGGUAUACAAAAGUGACCCGCUUCCCAAGAAAAUUUGUCAGUUCUGCGCUGCUAGGCUUGAUGAUGCCUACGAAUUCAGAGAGUACUGCCUGAGUGUUUACAAGAAUAUGCAUUUUAAAUUGCUGGCUAGCAAGAAUCUCACUGCGGUCAAGAUGUUCCUGGAUGCUAUGUCCGCUUCUCCAGAUCCUUGCCAGGUCAGGCUCUGCAUGAUAAAGCAACGCGCUCCACCGCCGCUAGUCCCAUUGCCGGCAAAAUUCAUUCCAGUGAAGGAAAAAGAAGUGGAACCCAUGGUGGAGCUGCCCUGUGAAGUUCAGAUAAAAGAAGAACCAGUUGAAGCUGAUCUAGAUAAACUGGAUUUUGAAUCUGGGGUUGGAGACAGUGACCACAGCUUGGCUGACGCGAGCACUGUUGGAGAAAAUGGAUGCCUUGAUGAAAAGCAGACUAGUAUUUUGGAGCGGGUGCUCAAAGGGGACCUGACUGUUAAUGAUUGCAAGGAUGUGUCACCCAAGAGUAACUCUCAGUUAUGUUGCUCGAUGUGUAAUAGUUAUUGCAAGACCAAAGAGAGUUUAAUAAAGCACAUGGAAUUUGAAUGUCCUAAAAAACACGAAUGUGGAAAAUGUUUAAUAAUAUUCAGGACUUUUGAUGAAUUAACACGACACGAAGAAUCGUGUCACAGACAUAAAAAUGAAAUCAAAGCGGAACCCUUUCAGAAAAUUCAUGACUUGAUGCAGAACCACUUAAAUUUUGACGCAGUGAAACGAGAACCGAUUGAUGGAAUUAAAAGUCUUGUUUGUCCUACGUGUGGAAAGAUUUGUACUCAGCAAAGCGCAUUGUCGAACCAUAUGCGGACACACGAACCGAAGAAACACAAAUGUGAUAUCUGUGGGAGAACCUUUGGUUUAUUUAUAAGAUUAGCAGCUCAUAAACUAAGUGAGCAUAAUCAGCAACCACCUAUGAAACCGGAAAUUAGUACUAUCGAGCAAGAAGAAGCUCUGAAUGAUGAGAGAGAGGCGAGAGAAAGAGAAGUUAGAGCUAAAGAUCGCUGUCGAACUUUUUCUGAGACUUUGGAUAAGGAUGAACUUGAUGAAGAAAGACCAGCAAAGCGUACGUCAUUGAGUACAAAUGUUAAUAAAAAUGUCGCGCGGUGUGGAAUUUGUCAACAAUGGUUCAAUGAUCAUACGACAAUGCUGAAUCAUCUUCAAACACACUCGGACAAUUUAAACAUUAAGAAUUUUAAUUGCAGUAGUUGCAAAAAAACUUUCAGAGAAAAAUGGCAAUUACAAAGGCAUGAGGUAUUAUCUCAUAAACGUGCUAAGGUCGUCACCUAUGACUGUUCAGUCUGCAACAAACCAUUCCCAGAAAAAUCCCAACUGGAGAAUCAUGAAAAAAUUCAUGUAGUAGAUAGAACAUAUCGCUGCGCGAAGUGUGAUAAAAUUUUCUUUAAAGAACUUUCACUUAUUACUCAUCAGUGUGCCAGAGUGCCUCAGUUUGGAAAGAAGAAUUCGCCUAGUAAAUUACCCGCGACCAAGGAGUCUUCAUCAACUGCUCCAACAAUCUCACCCGGUAACCAAAUUAAGAAAUUUAAAUGUCCUAAGUGUUCGGCGACCUUUGAUACCUCGCAGUUGAGAAAUUUACAUAUCAGAAUACACAUCGAGCCUAAGGUGCAAAAUACUGAUGAUGUAAAAUCGAUGCCUAAAUUGAAACCACAGUCCUCUUUUUCAGAGCCUGAUGACAAGCCUGAAGAACAAAAUUACACUGUGCCAUUAAAGAGAACACUUAUUAGAACUUCUGGAGGAUACCGCUGUGGAGUUUGUCAAUCACCGUUCGUCCUACGAGACUUGGCAGUAGCUCACCUGAGAUCAGCGCAUCCGAUGAUGCCUUACCAGUGUCCUUACUGCAAGCAACGUUUCACGACUCAGUACGAAUUCAGUCACCACAUUAAAACAAGUCAUCCCAAUGAAUCGGAGUGA